AUGAACGGCACAGAGGGGCAGGACUUCUACGUGCCCAUGUCCAACAGGAGCGGGGUGGUGCGGAGCCCCUUCGAGUACCCCCAGUACUACCUGGCUGAGCCCUGGAAGUUCUCGGCGCUGGCUGCCUACAUGUUCAUGCUGAUCCUGCUGGGCUUCCCCAUCAACUUCCUCACCCUCUACGUCACCAUCCAGCACAAGAAGCUCCGGACUCCUCUGAACUACAUCCUGCUGAACCUGGCGGUCGCUGACCUCUUCAUGGUGCUCGGAGGCUUCACCACCACCAUGUACACCUCCAUGAAUGGGUACUUUGUCUUUGGGGUGACAGGCUGCUACAUCGAGGGCUUCUUCGCCACGCUGGGUGGUGAAAUCGCUCUCUGGUCGCUGGUGGUCCUGGCUGUUGAACGGUACGUGGUGGUCUGCAAGCCCAUGAGCAGCUUCCGUUUCGGGGAGAGCCACGCGGUCAUGGGCGUUGCCUUCUCCUGGCUUAUGGCACUGGCCUGUGCUGCUCCCCCACUCUUCGGAUGGUCCAGGUACAUCCCCGAGGGCAUGCAGUGCUCCUGUGGGAUCGACUACUACACGCUGAAGCCAGAGAUCAACAACGAGUCCUUCGUCGUCUACAUGUUUGUGGUUCACUUCAUGAUCCCCCUGACUGUCAUCUUCUUCUGCUAUGGCAACCUGGUUUGCACUGUCAAAGAGGCUGCUGCCCAGCAGCAGGAGUCUGCCACCACGCAGAAGGCAGAGAAGGAGGUGACUCGCAUGGUCAUCAUCAUGGUGAUUGCCUUCCUGAUCUGCUGGGUGCCCUAUGCCAGCAUCGCUUUCUACAUCUUCACCAACCAGGGCUCAGACUUUGGGCCCAUCUUCAUGACUCUCCCGGCCUUCUUUGCCAAGAGCUCUGCCAUCUACAACCCUGUGAUCUACAUCGUGAUGAACAAGCAGUUCCGUAACUGCAUGAUCACGACCCUGUGCUGCGGCAAGAACCCGCUGGGUGACGAGGACACCUCUGCUGGCAAGACAGAGACCUCCUCGGUCUCCACCAGCCAGGUCUCUCCCGCCUAG